GUCUGCAUGUUCAUGUUCCGGAUUGUAAGGUGGUCAUUUGCAGUCUGAAGAAUCCCAUGUAUACUUUAUUGCCUAGAAAACUACCAAAUCCGGAUGAAGAUUUAAUAUUCUUCUUAAAGCAACAUUACAUUGGUUGCAAGCCUGAGAUGGUUAAUGACUAUAUCAUUAAGGAAGCGCAUAUCUUGCAUGAAAACGAAUCACUUGAAAAGGAACAUUUAAAGUUCUUCCGAAUUCUUCUAAAGGAUUUUCUGGUUAAAUCUUGCAUUGACGCAAAGAAUUGGAAUGCAAUCCACUUUGCAACAGCUCUGAAGGUGAUCUGUUACCCUAAAGCAUCAUAUGAAGUUUACCGCCCUGAUAAGAUUUUUCCAUGUGGCGUGCAUCAAAAGAUGAAGGACCAUUCAUCUGAAUAUGAUACAAUGUUUGCCAAGAUUGACGCCUUGUCUGUCUAUAAUUUUGUUAUUAGUCUCAGUUCAGAAAAGUUUUUAAUAUUGAGUGAAUUGGACAUCUUGGUUACGAAGGCUAAAGAAGAGUUGAAGAUAGCAGGGGCGAUCAGGUGCAAAGAUCGUUCUCCAGGAAAGCGGAAAACCAAUAGGAUCGACUUACAAACUCACUCCAUAGUUCGAAAAGAAGCUAGUACUAAUGAUGAUGGCAAGCUUUACAACAAACUGGAUUUUUCCUGUGAGAAGCAAGAACAUGAUGUUAAGCAAACUCUCACUACAUUUGAAGAAAAUCCUCCUAUGGAAAAGUCUAACGGAUUAUGUAAGGAAGAAAUCCGCAACAAAAGGAGGAAUCAAGGGCAACACUGGCUAGACAGCCCGAACUACGCCGAUGUCCCUCCUCAAGUCAAGCGUAGGCUUUUGCGCAGGGAGAGAAUCCUCCAGAGAAGCAAAGGAAAAGGACGAGAUGUCAAAUCAUGCCGACUUGGGCCCAACGCAUAACUGGCCCAUAGCCCAACCAAAGCAGGGGCCUACUGUUGAUUGAUUAUGCAAACAACAUGUUGACGUGAAAACAUCAUACUACAAAGAAGGUUCAACAUGUAAAAGGAAACUCAAACACAUGAAGGCUCAUACC